AUGCCUUCUUAUUCAUCAAAAUUAGAUAGUUUGUUUUCAGAUUUGAAGAACAGAAAUGAAGAAAUUCGAAAUAAGGCAGCAAAUGAUUUAAAGGAAUAUGUUGUAUCAACAUCUCGUGAAAUGCAAAGGGAUGCGUUUAUUUCAUUUAAUAAUGAUAUUAAUCGGAGAAUUUAUGAAUUGGUUCAUAGUAAUGAUAAUUAUGAAAGACUUAGUGGAGUAAUUGUUAUUGAUAAAUUAAUUGAUUAUGAUGGAGAAGAAAAUACUGUGAAAAUAACUCGAUUUGCGAAUUAUUUAAGAAUUGUGUUACCUGGGAAUGAUACACAAAUAAUGAUAUUAGCAUCGAAAGCAUUAGGGCGUUUAGCUGUCCCUGGUGGAACUCUAACGUCUGAAUUUGUUGAAUUUGAGGUUAAAAGAGCUAUGGAAUGGCUUCAAGGUGAUCGAAAUGAAAAUCGAAGAUUGGCAGCAGUACUUGUUCUUAAAGAAUUAGCAUUGAAUUCUCCUACACUAAUAUAUUCUUAUGUAUCUCAAAUUUUUGAUUUGAUAUGGGUUGCUCUACGAGAAUCAAAAGUGACAACACGGAAUUUUGCCGCAGAUGCACUCAGUGCAUCUCUAGAAAUUAUAUAUCAAAGAGAAAGUCAAUUAUGUAUUCAAUGGUAUGUAAAGAUUUUGGAGGAAGCUCAAUAUGGGCUUAAAGUUAAUAAUUAUGACUAUAUUCAUGGAAGUUUGUUGGCUUAUAAAGAAUUAUUGCUUAAAUCAGGAACGUUUAUGGAUGAGAAAUAUGUUGAUGUAUGCGAAGUUGUAUUAAGCUAUAAAGAUCAUAAAGAAGCUCUUAUAAGACGUACCGUUGUUUCAUUAAUUCCUAUAUUGGCCGGCUAUAAUCCUGAGAAAUUUGUUUCAUCUUAUUUACAUAAGUGUAUGCUUCAUCUUUUAGGACAAUUAAAAAAAAAUAAAGAUAGAACAUGUCCUUUUAGUGCAAUUGGUCAUGUUGCUGUUGCUGUUGGAAGUAGCAUAGAACCGUACCUUGAUUCUAUUUUAGAAAUUAUUAAGGAAGGUCUUACAGCAAAAGGGCGUAAUAGAGAAGCUCAAGAAGCUCCAAUUUUUCAGUGUAUUAGUAUGCUUGCCAUAGCAGUUGGAAAUUCUUUAAAAAAAUAUUUACAUGAAUUACUUGACAUGAUGUUUUGUUGUGGGUUAAGUGAGCCUUUAAGACAAGCAUUAGUAGAUCUUACAUGUCAUAUUCCAUCUUUUUUUCCUAUAAUUCAAGAAAGAUUAUUAAAUCUUCUUUCUAUGAUUUUAAGUGGCAAACCUUUUAAAAUUUUAGGAUCUCCUGCUACAUUACAUUCAACUCAGUCUAAUUCUUUGGCAAUUUAUGAUCCAAAAAUUUAUGAUAAUAAGGAUAGUGAGUUUAUUAUUUUGGCAUUAAAUACUUUAGGGACAUUUGAUUUUUCUGGUUAUGCUUUGAAUGAAUUUAUUAGAGAUUGUGCUAUAUCUUAUUUAGAGAGUGAUAAUCUGGAAGUAAGAAAGGUGGCAGCUUUGACAUGUUGUCAGCUAUUUAUUAGAGAUCCAAUAUGUUACCAAACAAGUAAUCAUGCUAUACAGAUGGUUGGAGAAAUUCUUGAAAAAUUAUUGAUUGUUGGAAUCACUGACUCUGACCCUAUGAUUCGACAAAUUGUAUUAUCAUCUUUAGAUGAGAGAUUUGAUAGACACCUCGCUCAGGCUGAAAAUGUUCGCUCGUUGUUUAUUGCUCUAAACGAUGAGGUUUUUGCUAUUAGAGAAAUUACGAUUACUAUUAUUGGUCGUUUAACUUUUCAUAAUCCUGCUUAUGUUAUGCCAUCAUUAAGAAAGACUUUGAUUCAAUUAAUGACUGAGUUAGAAUAUUCUUAUAUAAGUCGUAAUAAGGAAGAAAAUGCAUGUUUGUUAGGAUUGUUAUUUUCUACAGCAAAAAGACUUAUAAAACCUUAUGUUAAACCAAUGCUGAAAAUUAUGAUUCAAAAAGCUCGCGACCCUAGUCCUAGUGUAGUCUCAAGUAUUUUAAAUGCUCUUGGCGAAUUAGCUGUUGUCGGAGGGGAAGAUAUAAUACCACAUAUUCCUGAUCUUAUGCCACUAAUUAUAGAAAUAUUGCAAGAUCAGAGUUCAACUGCGAAACGUGAUGCUGCACUUCGGACUUUAGGUCGAUUAGCAAUUAGUUCAGGGUAUAUUAUUGAUCCAUAUAUUGAAUAUCCAUCAUUACUUAAUAUAUUAAUCAAUAUUCUUAAGACUGAACAGAGUUCCACUGUUAGAAAAGAAGCGGUUAAAGUUAUUGGUAUUCUAGGCGCAUUAGAUCCAUAUAAAUAUCAGAUGCUUGAAGAAACUUCAGAAGAUCAUAUACAUGAACAAAAAGCGGCUACUUCUGACGUCUCCCUUUUAAUAGAUGGAAUGAGUCCAUCAUCUGAGGAAUAUUAUCCAACUGUUGUAAUUAAUAUUCUGAUGACUAUCCUUAAAGAUUCAUCAUUAAGCACUUAUCAUUAUUCUGCUAUUCAAGCAAUUAUGUAUAUUUUUAAAACAUUAGGAUUAAAAUGCGUUCCAUUUUUGCCUCAGAUAAUUCCUGGAUUUCUUUCUGUAAUGCAAACAUGUUUAUCGAGUCUUUUAGAGUUUUAUUUUCAGCAAUUAAGCAUUCUUGUUACUAUUGUUAAGCAACAUAUAAGAAAUUAUUUAAGCGAUAUUUUUAAAUUAAUUUAUGAUUAUUGGAAUUCUAAUUCUACACUUCAAAUUACUAUUCUUUCUCUUGUUGAAUCAAUUGUUAUGGCUCUUGAAGGAGAAUUUAAGGCUUAUUUGCCAACUCUUCUUUCAUUGAUGCUUCAGGUACUUGAAACAGAUACUACAGCUAAUAGACAGUCUACUCAGGAAAUUCUUCGUUCAUUUGUUGUAUUUGGAUCUAAUAUUGAGGAAUAUAUACAUCUUAUACUUCCAGUUGUGGUUAAAAUGUUUGAAAGACAUGAUCUUCCUAUAUCAUUACGUAAAAUUGCUAUUCAAACAGUGGCUCAGUUAUCUCGCAAAAUUAAUUUUGUUAAUCAUGCUUCUAGAAUUAUUCAUCCUCUUGCACGUGUUCUUUCAACCGGAACAAAUGAAUUGAAAGUAGCCUCCAUGGAUACUUUAUGUGCAUUGGUAUUUCAACUUGGCCUUGAUUAUACUAUUUUUAUUCCUAUGAUUAAUAAGUGCUUAAUAAAUAAUCAUAUUCAACACCAAAAUUAUGAGCUUUUAGUAUCAAGACUUUUAAAGGGGGAAUCACUUCCUCAAGAUUUAAAUUCUGAUGAAAAAUUUAGCGAUAGAAGAAUGGAAGAUGCAUCUUCCGCUGAUAUUAAUGCAAAGAAAUUAUCAGUUAAUCAACAACAUUUAAAAAAUGCAUGGGAAACAUCUCAAAAAUCUACAAAAGAUGAUUGGCAGGAAUGGAUUCGUAGAUUAAGUGUUGAAUUAUUAAAAGAGUCUCCAUCUCAUGCUUUGAGGGCUUGUGCUAGCUUAGCUGCUGUUUAUUACCCUUUAUCAAGAGAAUUAUUUAAUGUUGCAUUUCUUUCAUGUUGGAAUGAAUUAUGUGAUCAAUAUCAAGAAGAACUUGUUAAAUCUAUUGAAAUAGCUUUAACAUCACCCAAUAUACCUGCUGAAACUUUACAAAGUCUUUUAAAUUUAGCAGAGUUUAUGGAACAUGAUGAUAAAACAUUACCAAUAGAUAUUAGAACUUUAGGUGCGUAUGCAGCAAAAUGCCAUGCAUUUGCAAAAGCGUUGCACUAUAAAGAACUUGAAUUUAUUUCAGAACCAUCUACUGAUACUAUUGAAGCUUUAAUAAGUAUUAAUAAUCAUUUACAACAACCAGAUGCAGCUAUUGGUAUAUUAAGCUAUGCACAACAACAUAAUCUUGAAUUAAAAGAAACAUGGUAUGAAAAGCUUGAACGAUGGGAAGAUGCGUUAGCAACCUACGAAAAACGUUCUAUUGAAGAUAACUCAUUUGAAGUAACUAUGGGUAAAAUGAGAUGUCUUCAUGCAUUAGGAGAAUGGGAAUUACUUUCUCAACUUGCAAGAGAAAAAUGGGAAACUGCUACUAAUGAUAUGCGAAGAUCUAUUUCUCCCUUAGCGGCUGCUGCAUCUUGGGGAUUGGGCCAGUGGGAACUAAUGGAUGAUUAUAUUUCAUCAAUGAAACAUGAAUCUUUGGACAAAUCUUUCUUUAAAGCAAUAAUUUCUUUACAUCGUAACCAGUUUAGUGAGACUGUUUUUCAUAUUGCUAAGGCUAGGGAAUUACUUGAUACAGAGUUUACAGCUCUUAUAGGAGAGAGUUAUAAUAGAGCAUAUUAUGUUGCUGUUCGUGUGCAAAUGUUAGCAGAAUUGGAAGAAAUUAUAAUAUACAAGCAAAACAAUGAUCAUCCUGAAAUUCAGUCUACAAUGCGUAAAACUUGGAUGAAACGACUUAACGGUUGUCAACGUAAUGUUGAAGUCUGGCAACGUAUGUUAAAAAUGAAGGCUCUCGUUAUUUCACCAAAAGAAAAUAUGGAAAUGUGGAUAAAAUUUUCCAAUCUUUGCAGAAAAUCAGGACGUUUAGGUUUAGCAGAAAAAUCAUUGAAUUCUUUGCUAGAUACUAAUGGAUCUAUUGAGAAUUUCCCGUCAUCUACUAAUGUCCCUCCAAAAGUUGUAUAUACUCAUUUAAAAUACAUGUGGGAAACAGAUGAUAAACGUGAUGCUCUCGAGCGUCUUAAAGAAUUUAGCAAUUCUUUAUCAAAAGAUUUAAAGAUUGCAUCAAUAAAUGAAACAUUUCGAUCCUUAACUCUUGACCAAGAAAAAAAAAAUACUUACAAUGAUUAUUCCAAGCUCUUAUCUCGAUGUUAUCAUAAGCAAGGUGAAUGGCAAAGUGUUCUUCAAGGAAAUUUGUCAAAAACAAAUAUUUCUGAAAUCCUUCAUUCCUAUAAACUCGCAACAGAAUAUGAUCCUGAAUACUAUAAAGCCUGGCAUUCAUGGGCUUUAGCUAAUUUUGAAGUAGUAGCUUUUUAUGAAAAAGAAAAUAAAAAUCUAUCACCUGAAAUUUAUGAUGAACAUAUUUUGCCUGCUAUUAAAGGAUUUUUUCGUUCUAUAGCGUUAAGUACUGGGAAUUCUCUUCAAGACACUUUGAGAUUAUUAAAUUUAUGGUUUAAAUUUGGAAAUCAUUUACAAGUUGGUUCUUCUAUAUUAGAAGGGAUUGCGUCUGUAAGCAUUGAUACAUGGUUAGAUGUUAUUCCUCAGCUUAUUGCUCGUAUCCAUUUUCCAAAUAGUAAUAUUCAAAAAUCUAUUCAUCAACUUUUAGCCGAUGUUGGGAAAUCCCAUCCGCAAGCUCUUGUAUAUCCUCUUACUGUAGCAUCAAAAUCUCAAAAUAUUUCUCGUCAAAAGUCUGCUUUAGAAAUUAUGGAUAAAAUUCGAAAUCAUAGCGCAUUAUUAGUUGAACAGGCUUUGCUUGUAAGUCAUGAAUUAAUUCGUGUGGCUAUAUUAUGGCAUGAACAAUGGCAUGAGGGCUUAGAAGAGGCUUCUAGAUUAUAUUUUGGAGAUCAUAAUAUUGAAGCGAUGUUUAACAUUUUAGAGCCCUUGCAUGAAAUGUUAGAAAGGGGUCCAGAAACACUUCGAGAAAUUUCAUUUCAUCAAGCAUUCGGUCGAGAUCUACAAGAAGCAAGAGAAUGGUGUAUAAAAUACCGUAAAACAGGUGAAAUUGGUGACUUAAAUCAGGCAUGGGAUCUUUAUUAUCAAGUAUUUCGAAAAAUUACAAAGCAGCUUCCACAGUUGACUACACUAGAAUUACAAUAUGUUUCUCCUAAAAUUUUAUCUGCAGUAGAUCUUCAAUUAGCUGUUCCUGGAACUUAUUUAAGUAAAAAGCCAAUAAUUAGAAUAAUUAGUUUUUCUUCUACAUUUACUGUGAUUACUUCUAAACAAAGACCAAGACGUUUGACUAUUAGAGGCAGUGACGGAAAGGAUUAUCAGUAUGCAUUAAAAGGACAUGAAGACAUUAGACAAGAUGAAAGAGUAAUGCAAUUGUUUGGAUUAGUAAAUACUCUUUUGUCUGUCGAUUCCGAAUCAUUUAAAAGACAUCUUAAUAUUCAAAGAUAUCCAGUAAUUCCCUUAUCACCUAAUUCCGGUUUGUUAGGAUGGGUUCCAGAUAGCGAUACAUUACAUGUUUUAAUCAAAGAUUAUCGGGAAAGUCGUAAAAUUUUGCUUAAUAUUGAACAUAGAUUAAUGCUUCAAAUGGCGCCAGAUUAUGAUAAUCUUACGUUGCUUCAAAAAGUUGAGGUCUUCGAAUAUGCAUUAGAUAAUACCACUGGACAAGAUUUGUAUAGAGUUUUGUGGCUAAAAAGUAAGAAUAGUGAGGUUUGGCUAGAUCGUAGAACAAAUUAUACGAGAUCUUUGGCUGUAAUGUCGAUGGUAGGUUAUAUCUUAGGAUUGGGGGAUCGUCAUCCAUCAAAUAUUAUGUUAGAUCGUCAUACAGGAAAAGCUAUUCAUAUAGAUUUUGGUGACUGUUUUGAAGUUGCAAUGAAUAGAGAAAAAUUUCCAGAGAAGAUUCCUUUUCGCCUUACACGAAUGCUUACAAAUGCAAUGGAAGUUAGUGGUAUAGAAGGAAGUUUUAGAAUAACAUGUGAACAUGUAAUGCGAGUAUUACGUGAUAAUAAAGAGUCAUUAAUGGCAUUGUUGGAAGCUUUCGUCUACGAUCCAUUGGUCAAUUGGAAAUUAAUAAAUACAAAUCCUAAUUCUACUACACAUCGAAAUGAACAGAAUGAAUCUUCAAGAAUAUCUGUUAAACAAAAUCAAGAAAAUGAGUCAACAUGGAAAAUGCAAUAUCGCCAUGAAAUUUUGAAUCAGAGUGCUGUUAAUGUGCUUAAUCGUGUCUCGAAUAAAUUAACUGGUCGAGAUUUUAAAUUAAAUCAAGAAUUAGAUAUUCCAAGUCAAGUUAAUAGGUUAAUUCAGCAAGCAACAUCUUUGGAAAAUUUAAGUCAAUGUUAUAUUGGGUGGUGUAGUUUUUGGUAA